AUGGCGGAGGGGCUGAAGAUUCACCCCAAGAAUGUGUUGAGCAGGCUAGUGAUGGACAAAGAGAGCGACUCGAUGUUGAGGCUGAAUCACUACCCUCCAUGCCCGGAGCUCCAAGAAAUCAACGACAGGAAUUUGAUUGGGUUCGGCGAACACACAGACCCACAAAUCAUAUCUGUCCUGAGAUCCAACAACACCUCGGGCCUUCAAAUCUCACUCAAAGAUGGCUGCUGGAUUUCCGUGCUGGCUGAUCAAUCCUCCUUCUUCAUCAACGUCGGCGACUUCUCCGCGAAGAAUUUUGGCUUUUCCAGUGUUGACCAAAUGGAGUUGCUCGUUUGGCCGGAAAUGGAGUUGCUGCCACCGAAUAGAUUCAAGAAGAAGUCGCCGGAAAUGGAGUUGCUCGCCGGGGAAGAAAGGAAAAAUGUAAAAUGA